AUGGCGCCCUCCGUCCUCUGUCCAGGCACCCACGGGAGGCCCAGCUCUGCUGCCCCGGAGCCUGAGUGUCUCCGCGAGGCCAGCCUCCAGGCCGAGGCUGGCGCCAGGGGGGCGUUGGGUCGGUCAGCGAGUGCGGUGCGAGCGAGUGACCGGUGUGAGGCCGGGGGACGGGACGCUCACGCCGGUCCUGUGUUCCAGAUCGCGUCCAAGUACGACCCGCAGGCGGAGGAGGACCUGCGCGGCUGGAUCGAGGAGGUGACCGGCAUGAGCAUCGGCACCAGCUUCCAGCUGGGCCUGAAGGACGGCAUCAUCCAGGGUCGCUCUCGCUGCCGGUGCCACGUGACCCUCUCCUUCCAGCUGGAGAACAUCGGCAACUUCAUCAAAGCCAUCCAGGCGUACGGCAUGAAGCCCCACGACAUCUUCGAGGCCAACGACCUGUUCGAGAACGGGAACAUGACCCAGGUGCAGACAACGCUGGUGGCGCUGGCCGGCCUGGCUAAAACCAAAGGCUUCCACACCACCAUCGACAUCGGCGUGAAGUACGCCGAGAAGCAGACGCGGCGCUUCGACGAAGGGAAGCUGAAGGCUGGCCAGAGCGUCAUUGGUCUGCAGAUGGGGACCAACAAGUGCGCCAGCCAGGCGGGGAUGACCGCCUACGGGACCAGGAGGCACCUGUACGACCCCAAAAUGCAAACGGACAAGCCCUUUGACCAGACCACCAUCAGCCUGCAGAUGGGGACCAACAAAGGGGCCAGCCAGGCGGGGAUGCUGGCGCCAGGCACCCGGAGAGACAUCUAUGACCAGAAGCUCACGCUGCAGCCCGUGGACAGCUCGACCAUCUCCCUGCAGAUGGGCACCAACAAGGUCGCCUCGCAGAAGGGCAUGAGCGUGUACGGGCUCGGGCGGCAGGUCUACGACCCCAAGUACUGCGCCGCCCCCACCGAGCCCGUCAUCCGCAACGGCAGCCAGGGCACGGGCACCAACGGCUCGGAGGUCAGCGACAGCGACUCCCAGGCCGAGUACCCCGACGAGGGUCUGCCCCUUCCCGAGGAGCAGGGCGUCCCAGCCCAGGCAGGGCUCCCAGAGCAGGACACCAAUUCUGGGAAGAGGAGGCCCACCCCUGGCUGGGCCCCACUCUCAGGCCCACCUUUCCGUCGAGGUGCCGGCUGCUGCCCGGAGCGCGAGUGUGACUGCACCCCUGAGCGGGGGCGUAAACGUGGUCCUAGAGGGUCUCGACCCAGCGAGUGUGAGAGGCUGGGAGGGCCCGGCCGCAAGGACCACGUGUGA